CUGCCCUGGGCCGGGCCAGGUGCCUCCCCGCAGGUGCGCGGGAGGAGCCGGAAGCCGUGGUUCAGACGGUAGGCGCUGAGGGUCGGAGCACCAUGCGUACUGGGGGCAGCCACGCAGAGCUACCGGCCAGGCGCACAGCCACGGAGGGUGUCUGCUGUCCCACGGGCGUGGACGGGACCCUGUCAGGACCCCUGGAGGAAUUUCCUGCGUGAUGUGUGGCUCAUAAUCUGAAGUCGCACAUCCCAAGCCUUUCCUCCAGACUUGGGGACAUUUCCACGGGAGGUGGUGACGACGCAGGGGAGGGUCAGCAAGAUGGGGAUGGCCGCACCCCAUUCUGCAGGUUCCAAGACCAAGGCUCAGGAUACGAGACGGGCAUGCAGGUCCUCAGUGCUGGGAUUCUGCCUGGCUUCCCCCAGGCCCUCAGUAAUGGGAGGAGCCAACUGGGCAACCUGUGGCGGAACGUGCUCCAGGCAGAGGCACCCCCUUACCACACUCCCUUCCCUGCAUGCAGCUCAGGGGGCUGGGCAGAACACCCGGCAGGGGUGCAGAGGAGGCAGCCCCCACCUCUUCGAGGUUACCACGAGUGCUGUCUCCUCCAGGGGGUCUGUGUAUGCUGAGCGGUCCAGACUGCAUCCACCCUCAUGGUCUGGCUGAACCAAGGGAGCGGAAGAUUUGGGGUCCCCCAGAUUUGUGCUCCCAAGAAUGGCCAUAAGGAGGAUGGAUGGGCCUAGAGCCAGCCUGAGAACCAGGCCUGAAGGCCCCUUAAUGGAAAGAGGUGCUGGGGCCCCCCAGGAGCACGUUCAUGUGUGUAUCAGUCAAAAGACACAUCCUGGUUCCAGAAUCAAGGGACCAUGAUGCUAUGGUCAUAGGUGCUUGAGAAACUUACCCCCUUCACCUCCCUGGGGCCCACGGCAGCCCCACCUCACAGACGGGGCGAUGGAGACCCAGAGAGGUGAAGUCACACGGGUGGGGGGCAGACUCCCCACGGAGCAGGGCAGGGAGGGGCCUGGCGGUUUCCAUGUGCAAUGGGAGAGCCCCCAGCACAGUGGCAGGAGUCAGGCAGCCAGAGGGAGGGGGCAGCCCUGGUCUGGUACGGAGAGGUGGUCACCCAGGCAGGUGUGGGAGGGGAGGGGAGGGAGGGGAGCCAGGAACUGAGCCCUCCCCGACCUGCUGGGGGUGACGGGGGAAGGCAGAAGGGCCUGGGGCCGGAGGGCGUCCAGCCAGGAGGGGCUGCCGCCAAGGAGGCUGCAGAGACGCUGGUGGUGAGGAGAGGGCGAAUCCCAGGGUGUGGGGGCCCCCCGGGUGCAGAGCGCCUGUGCCCAGGCAGGGCCUGCCCAGACACGGGUUACCCUGUCCUUGGUUCCCCUCCCAAGGGCGGACCCUCCCAGGUCUGUUGGGCCAUCGCGGAGCAGGCGGGGGUGAAGGACAGGCGGGGCGCGCCCACGGCUCAAGCGCCCCUGUUCUCGAGUCCAGCCGUCAGAGGCCGUGCGUCCAGGACCAGGCCGAGGGCUGGGGCUCUACGGAGGGGUGCCAGAGGUCCGGAUGUGGAAACUGAGGCUGAGAGAGCGGUCAGAGCCUCAGAGGGAUUCAAAGCCCUUCGGUCCCACCGGAGCUGGAUCUUCCCUCUGCAGCGACACUGGCUGGGGACUUCACCCGGCGCGUUCAGACACCCCGGAGUGAGGCAGCCAGCCUCAGCCCCUCCCAGACAGAAAGACAGAGAAUCCAGGCUCCUCACCUUCCCCUCGCUGUGGCUCCCCCAGAGCCUCCACUGCCCCCCUUGCUGUCCGCACCGGUCCCCCACACCUGUCCCUUCCCUCUCCAUGGACCCCCGCAGCCCUUGUCUUCUGCGGUGGGGGAACAGCAAGGGAAGAAGUUUGCUCAAGGUUGCAUGGUGGGAAAGCACUUUCUGGGCCACCUGGCCCCUGCCUGUCCAGGGCUGGGCCCUUCCCAAGCACAGCCUUCAUGCUCUGACCAGAUGUGCGAUGCAGAGCAGAGCCCGUGUCUUACUCCGCAGACUUGGAAUCCCGCAUGCUAAACGCUGUUGGAAUUUGCCCAGAUCUGCUGUCCACUCCACUCCCGCCACUGUUCCACUCCCAUCUGGGGGGCUUGAAGGACCCCACCUCCAACUCCGCGGGCACAUCCUCCACCCCCCGUUGGGAGGCUCCCCCUCUGCCCUCCUUUUCACCCCGGGGCCCACUCUGGCCUUGCUCCCACCCCAGAGCCUGGGCUGUGUCUGUCCUCUCUGCCUGUGACCUCCUUGGUGCUCCCGCCUGGCUCCGUCAGCCCCCACCCUUCCAUCAUUAAUCCUGUCUCUCUGGUUCCCGGCAUAAGUCUGGCGUUAAGUGGGUGCACGGGAAGUGAGUGGGGGACCUCGUGUUCCCCCAGCAGGGCCCAGGACUGACACAGAUCAGGGCCUCCCUGAGGGUUGUUGGAGCUCCCAGCCCCAGGCCUGACCCUGGACCCUGGCUCAGGCCAAUAGUAGCAAAUAUUUACAUUUGCAGAGUAAAUUCCCAGGAGGGAGCUGGGCUGGGCAGGGGAGGUCUGUGGUCACUGGACCCAGCAGACCUGGGGGGAGGGUUCUGGAGGAAGAAGCCCCUCGGACAGAAAGUCAGAGGUGGAGCCCAGGGACACCCCCAACUUCUCACACCGUCCCAGCUGAGGGGGGGAUUUAAACCCCGUGCCCUGCCCCCUUCUCCCUCCUGCUGUGUGGACAGGCAGCCUCUGCUCCCUGGGCCUCAGUGUUCUCGCGAGGAGCACAAGACACUGGGCAGUGGGGGGCGGCCGCUGCGGGGCCACAAGGCUAGAAAGUGCAGAUGGCGCGGGCCCCGUGGAGGUCAGGGUGCAGUGGUGAGAGCUUUGGCGGAGCGGGCUUCAGUGGGCUCCCUGGUCUGUCCAGGAAGACUCUCUGGAGGAGGAGAUACGGGAGCAGCAGCUGUGGGAAUGGGGAAUCAGUGCGUGCGUGUGUGUGUGUGUGUGUGUGUGUGUGCAGG